AUGGAGAACGGCAAGAUCUCUAACGAGUCGUUAUCGGCCAGCUCCAGUUACGACCAGAGUGUAUCUCCACUCAGCUCAAGAAUCCGGACGGAAAUACGCGGCGGUGCGUGGUGUCCCAACGGCCUAAUACUACCGCAGAGUCGUCAAUUUCUUGAAAUAGACCUACAUGAUGAAUACUUGAUCACAGCUACUGAAUCACAGGGACGAUUCGCCAACUCCAUCGGCGUUGAAUUUGUUGAAAGUUAUUCAGUAGAAUAUUGGAGGGAGGCACUCAGCCGCUGGGUCAAGUAUAAGGACUUUAAUGGCAGUCGACUCUUACCUGGCAACGUCAACACGUACACUCCUAGAAAGACAACUUUGGAAGCGCCGUUCAUAGCUUCGAAGGUUCGAUUCUUUCCAUACGCAGCGCACCCACGGACGGCCUGCAUGCGGGUAGAGCUCUAUGGAUGUCGUUGGAAACAGGCUCUUGUCGCGUACGCUGCGCCCAAAGGUUGUGACAUGCAAGCGAUGACUGGCGGCGCUCGCUUCGAGGACUUAUCCUAUGAUGGGGUUGUACGCGAAAGCGAUCUAGUGGACGGUCUCGGUCAGAUCACUGACUCCUUCACUGGACCCAAUGAUUUUGAACUGCCUGACCCGUUAGAUACUCGAGGAACUCGAUGGGUGGGCUGGAACAAGACGAUGUCGGUGGAUGAUGAAGUUGAUAUAACGUUUAACUUUACGGACACAAGACUUUUUCAUUAUGUAGACAUUCAUACAAACAAUAUGUUUACCAAGGACGUUCAGCUUUUCAAAGAGGCAGAAGUCUACUUCUCUCUGGAAGGUGAGCGAUGGCAGGAAGACUAUCUCUCCUACGAACCCAAGCAAGACAAAGUGUCUGAACACGCCCGUGUCAUUCACAUAGACCUGGAAAAUCGUACUGCUCAACAUAUUAAGCUUAAACUGAAGUUUCAUCACGAGUGGAUUCUGAUAAGCGAGGUCACAUUUAAAUCAAUUCCAACAGUUGUGAAUCAAUCUAUAGAAUUCCUAGACGAAUACUAUAGGACAGACACUCCGCCGACGUCAAGAAAGAAACGCAAUUCAUCUAUAAAAGUGUCCGUUGGCCUCGCCUGCGGCGCCAUUGUGGGUGGUGGGGCAUUCAUAGCGGCCACAGCUAUUCUUGCGACUAAGCGAGCUAGGCGAAGAAUUCCAAACAUGCUUAAAAAGCCGUUUUGUCCUUCCCUACGAUGCAAUACUCGAAACAAUCGACGUACGCCACGUCUAGCAUUAGCCCUUGCAAAUUGUCCGCCAAUACACAUGCUUCGUCCGGCCAUUGUGGAUGAAGACUAUCGAGAACCCUACAAUAUAUGGCGAGAGACACUUGGACGUCAAAAACGUGAAAUCCACGACCAAAAUGAAUAUAACGAAAUAUGCGAGGAUCCGGAAUUCCCUCGACCCUACAUGAUGAAACGGGCCGACCCUCACGAGAGCUUCUAUGCUGCCACAGACAUUAUUCACCAUGUAAGUACAUUCUUUGAUAAAAAUGUUUUACAGGAUAUUACAAUAUGUUCGCCACGACAACGUCGGUUUAUAGAUGUUUAUUUCCAAGAUAAAACGUAG